CAUUUUAAUUCGUAAAUGCUUAAAGUUAUGUAUGUUUUUCAAUAACUAAUGAAAUUUAAGAGUUUAUAAAGUUCAGUGCUGAUUUUUGAACUUUAUUUCUUAAAUUACCCAAACUGGAAAACCGAAACAAAUAAAAAACAUCAAUAGAUGAAAGAAGGUUAUCGUGUUAGAGAGUCGUAUUCAAGUUCUCAUUUCUCAUACCCUACUUUGAUUGAUCUUUGUAAAAGAUGUGUCCUGUAGUGUUGCUAGCGUUGUUGUUUAGUUUUUUAAUGCUGCUAAUGGAAUUAACAGCAGCUAUCAAUGUUACGUUUUAUCCGAAUCCUUUAAAAAAACUUAUUGAGAGUGAAGAAAAACAAGUGUACUUCACUGUUUUUGAAAAAUCUCUUAACAAUCCAUCAGAAGGGAUUUAUAAAGCUGUAUCUACUAACCCAGAUAUUGCUACGAUAAAUAAUACUGUCUUUGAUUAUAGCAGUUAUAAUGGAUCUUUCUUUAUCCAAGCAGUAUUUCUGGGCAAAACUUCGGUACGAGUUGUUAAAGAAGUGAACGGGACAACUAAAGAAAUCUCUCCACCUCUAGAGAUCAUUGUGAUGCGAAAAGUUCGAGCUAUAUCAAAAGCUUUCACUAUAUCUGUAGCCACCCUAGUGUCUUUAAACUAUAUAAAUAUGGGUUGUGCUUUAGAUCUUAGUGUGGUGCAGUCAGUUUUGCGAAAACCUAUCGCACCUACUAUUGGAUUUAUUUCGCAGUAUGCUGUCAUGCCUUUAGUUGCUUAUGGCUUAGCUAGGUUGCUAUUUGAUGAUGUCAUCCUACGCUUAGGUUUGUUUACAUUUGGGUGCAGUCCUGGAGGCGGAGCAAGUAACAUGUGGACAGUUCUGUUAAAUGGCAACCUUAAUUUAAGCUUGACUAUGACCUUCAUCAGUAAUCUUGCAGCACUGGGUAUGUAACCUUUCACAUUUCAAAAUUUACCCUAUUUCUCAAAUAUUUUUAUGCACCUUUAAUAUUCAUAUGAAAAUUAUAAUAUAAUAUAUUCAGUAUCAACCAUAUGAUGCUGAUUUGGGAAACGCAGGAAUAGCAUUUUGACAUUCUUUGUCUUGUAAAAUUUACUUCACUAGUGCAUAGGGACGAUAAAAAAGAAUGCCUAUUAUAUGCACUGGCAUAUCAUAUGGUACAUGGUACUUAAUGAACUAAAAAAUUU